AUGUCGAACGUGCCAACUAUCCGUUGGGGGAUCCUAACCACCGGCUUAAUAGCCUCAUGGUUCGUCUCAGACUCCACGAUCGACCGACCCGAUGCCAAAGUAAAGCAUAUCGUCCAAUGCAUCGGCACAUCAAGCCUGGAGAAAGGGCAGAAAUUCGUGAAAGAGUACUGUCCGAAUGAGAAUCCCCAGCUCUACGACUCCUACGAGAAGGUCUGUAAUGAUCCCAACGUCGAUAUCGUGUACAUCGGUACCCCACAUGGCUACCAUUACCGUGACUGCAUGCAAGCAAUAGCAGCUGGGAAAAAUGUCCUAUGCGAAAAAGCGUUCACUUUGAAUGCCAAACAAGCACGAGAAAUCUUUGCAGCGGCCAAGGAGAAGAAUGUUUACAUUGCCGAAGCGAUGUGGCUUCGUCACCGACCUCUGUAUCGCAAAUUGCAUGAGUUGUUGCACCAGGAUAAAGUGAUUGGAGAUAUCACUCGUGUCUUUGCGGAUUUCGCUUCGGAGAUCGAUAUCCCCUCUCUACCUAUCACCUCUCGGUAUCGAGAUUUGUCGCUCGGCGCUGGCUCAUUGCUAGAUCUUGGGAUCUAUUCUCUCACAUGGCUUGCUGUCGCUCUUGAAGAAAAGUGGUCGGGGAAUACGGAAAUACCGCGCAUCGUGGCUUCUCAGAGCCAGGAAGAAGGGAUUGAGGUUGCUACGACUGCGGUUCUUCAGUAUCCUGGUGGUCGUCAGGGUAUUGCAAGUAGCACUACCAAAGCAAAGGGUUCGCCUGGUAGAGUGUUUGUUGUGAUUCAUGGUACGAAUGGCCAUGUUGAGGUGUCAGGCGAUGCGACAUCUGUCCCCGAAUUCUUCACUGUGUGGGAAAAGCAGAAACGAUACGGAGGCGCGUCAAAAGUGCUCUUUGAGAAGGAAGAGUAUGAGCACAAGGAAUACAGAUUCCCCGUGAUAGGACUGGGUUUUGUUUGGGAAGCCGAUAAUACUGCCUUGGAUGUUUUGGAGGGACGAAAGGAGAGCAGUAUCAUGCCAUGGGCUGCAACGGUGCAUAUGAUGGAGAUUAUGGAUGAGAUUAGACGCCAGGGUGGAACUGUGUAUCCAGGAGAAUGA